AUGUUGGAUAAGUACGAUGUUCGUGAAAAUAAAUGGCUAAUUGAUCUAUUCAAAUUGAAGGAAAAAUGGGUCCAAGCAUAUGUUAAGAGAACUUUCACUGCAGGAAUGAAGACAACCCAACUUAGUGAGAGUUUCAAUGUUGACUUGAAGGAUUGCUUGUGUACUGAUCUCAAUAUAGUAGAGUUUUUCAAUCAUUUUAAAAGAGUUGUCAAUCAAAAACGAAAUAAGGAGUUAGAAGCAGAAUACAACUCUAGACAUAAAUUUCCAAGAUUGAAACUCAAAAGCUCUCCUAUGCUUAACCAAGUAGCAACAGUGUACACGCCUACAUUGUUUGAUUUAUUUCAAACAGAAAUUAAAGAGGUAAUGGCACUUUCCAUCCUAGAACGCAAUGUGAGUCAAACACAUAGUUAUAUGGUUGGAGUUUUUAAUCGAUAUGAAAAAUAUGAAGUCAUGUGGAAUCCAUUAGAUGAGACUAUAUCUUGUAGUUACAGAAAGUUUGAGACAUUUGGUAUUUUAUGUAGGCAUGGUUUGAAAUUUCUUGAUGUAUUGGAUAUCAAGUUGAUUCCUAAUAGAUAUAUCAUGAAGAGGUGGAGAAGAGAUGCAAAAGAAAUAUAUGCACAUGACAUCAUGGCACAAAAGAAAACUGAAGAUAUCUCUUCUAGUAAUAUUACUAGUUUUACACAACUUUUAAUGUUGGCUUCUACAAGUUCUACAUCACAUCAAGGAGGCUCAUCAACAAGUGUUGCAUUAGCAUCACAUUUAGAGAAUAUAUCAAGUGUUGUAGGCUCCAAUGACAAAAUUGAUGGUGCAAGAGAUCUCUUGACUCAAGGAAGUAUUGCAAGUGGAGGUCCCUUGACUUAA